AUGAAGCCACUGUCUUUGAUUUUGGGCCUUUGUGCUCUAGUAGCCUAUUUCUCGCCUGGAGAGAGUCACAGAGGCCCCUGGGGACCAUAUCAACCUAGACCACAGCUUCCUCCAGCACCUAAUCCUUUUGGCCCACCACUUGUUCAACCACCUCGUCCUCCACCCUAUGGCCCAGGAAGAAUUCCUCCACCCCCUCCUCCCUAUGGCCCAGGGAGAAUUCCUCCACCCCCUCCUCCCUAUGGCCCAGGGAGAAUCCCUCCACCCCCUCCUCCCUAUGGCCCAGGGAGAAUCCCUCCACUCCCUCCUCCCUAUGGUCCAGGGAGAAUCCCACCACCCCCUCCUCCUCCCAGUGGUCCAGGGAGAAUUCCACCACUCCCUCCUCCUCCCCCUUUUCAUCCAGGUUAUCAAUAUCCACCUUUCAAACCAAUCCCCUAUCCACCUGGACCUCCACCAUCCCCUGGAUAUCCUACAAUUUCUCCUCCCUUCCCUACUCCUGCACCCCAAAUACAAACAACUACUACGACAAGUGCCACCACAACAACAGGUGCUACUACUGCUGCAAUAAGCAGCACUCCCACUACAACAGGCACCACUUCCGCUACUACAGGUGCCUCUACUGCUACAACAGGCGCCGCUCCCACUACACCAGGUACCACUACUGCUACAACAAGUGCUGCUCCCACUACAACAAGCGCCACUACUGCUACAACAAGUGCUGCUCCCACUACAACAAGCGCCACUACUGCUACAACAAGUGCCGCUCCCACUACACCAAGCACCACUACUGCUACAACAGUCACCACUACCACUGCAACUACUGCUUCUACUACCCAAAAUACAACUUCCAAAAGUACUCAGAGCUUCUGGGAUAAAAUCCUUUCUAUUUGGGGAUUAAGAUAA